UACUUCGAUAUAAAUAUAUAUUUUCGACUAAUCGGAAUAUCGCGGAAAAUUAUAACGCGAAAAGCGAAAAACGAGAACUCGCUUGUAAAUUAAAGCCGCGAAUAACCAUCCGCUCCCAACCGCAAAUGCAGGCUUUUACAGACAAGCUGAGCAUCUUCGGGAUUUUCGGUAGACGCGAGACAGAAGAAUCGAAAAGUUAAAGCGAGGCGAAGAAGCGAAGAAAAGAAGGCAUACAUACAGACAUCAAGCGCACGUAUACGUUGCGAAGGAAUAUAUGUAUCCAAAGAGGUGUAUGUGUGCGUGCAGCUUCUAGCGAAGAUUGUUGGAGCACUCGAGUGGAGCAAAAGGGGGGCUGCCUGGAAAGAGACGCGACUGAUAGAGAGAAAGAGAGAGGGCGCUAUGGACGGCGGCGCUUGGGUGUUUUGGGAACAAAGGCGUUAAAAUGAUUUGGCACGGAAAAGGAGUCGCCAGCCGCAGCUAGAGCAAAAACAGCAACGACGACUCCGCCAGCCCACUGUGAUAUAUUAUUUGGAUCCAGCCCCAGCCGAAAACAAGCUCGUACGUGUCUGCAUGUGUGUGUAUGUCUCCGUCUCCCGUCUCUCCAACAAAACGCAGAAAAAGACGCACACACACACACACAGCGAGAGCGACCAGACAAAGUGAAUAAUUCAUUUAAGACUGUCUUGCAGAAUGGUCGUCGGCUCGAAUCAUACGCGGCGCGGUGAAACUGGCAGCAGAUAUACAAGCAGCAACAGCUCCAGCAGCACCAACGGAGGCACCAGCACCGCCAGCAGCACCACCAGCGCAACGUCUUCACUAGCCACCUCAUCGACAGCGUCGACGACAGCAUCGCAGACCGCAUCGUCGGCGUCGGCGGCUGCGGCUUUGUUGUCGUCAAUGUCCCAAAAAGGUCAUGUCCCACCACCACCUGCACCUGCAUCAUCCGCGCAGCAACAGUCGCAGCAUCACCAACAGCAUGCCGCGAACCAUCAGGCGCAGGGCCACCAUCAUCAUGGCCACUACCAGCAGCAGACCAGCAACCACCAUGGCAGCCAUAGCACCAAUAACCAUCAUCAGACGAACGGUAGUGGCGGUGGAUCCACUGGAGCAUCGGUGGUCAGUGGGCUCAAUGGUUGUAACGGCAGCGCCGUCAGCAGAUUAUCGCAAUCCACGGGCAUGUCGCCGCGGGAACUCUCCGAGAACGAUGACCUGGCCACUUCGCUGAUACUCGAUCCGCAUUUGGGUUUCCAGACCCACAAAAUGAAUAUACGCUUCCGGCCCCUGAAAGUGGACACGCAGCAGCUAAAAGCCAUUGUGGACGAGUUUAUACACACGCAGAACUACGAUGUGGCUAUACAGCGGAUUUACGAUGGUCCUUGGAUACCGCGCCACCUCAAGAACAAGAACAAGAUUGCCACCAAACGUCUGCACGAUCAUAUCGUGCGGUACCUGCGCGUCUUCGACAAGGACAGUGGUUUUGCGAUCGAGGCCUGCUAUCGGUACUCGCUGGAGGAGCAACGCGGCGCCAAGAUCAGUUCGACGAAACGCUGGUCGAAGAACGACAAGAUCGAGUGUCUGGUCGGCUGCAUUGCCGAGCUGACGGAGGCGGAAGAGGCGGCGCUGCUGCAUUCGGGCAAGAAUGACUUCUCGGUGAUGUAUAGCUGCCGGAAGAAUUGCGCCCAACUCUGGUUAGGUCCUGCUGCGUACAUUAAUCACGAUUGCCGCGCCAACUGCAAGUUCCUGGCCACCGGCCGGGACACAGCCUGUGUGAAGGUACUGCGCGACAUCGAGGUGGGUGAGGAGAUAACAUGCUUCUACGGCGAGGACUUUUUCGGCGACUCGAAUCGCUACUGCGAAUGCGAAACCUGCGAACGAAGGGGCACUGGCGCCUUUGCCGGCAAAGAGGAUGGCCUUAUGCUCGGCCUGAGCUCCGGCCUGGGCUUGGGCCUGGGCCUGGCCACCGGGGGUACUGGCUACCGGCUACGCGAGACGGAUAACCGCAUUAAUCGCAUCAAGAGCCGAGCCAACUCCACGAACAGCACCUCGAACAGUAACAGUAACACCAACGAUUCCACAACGGCGAGUGAGAGCAGUUCAAACGGCGUGGUCUCGGCUGGCGGUGGAGGAGGAGCAGCUAGCGCUGGAGCUGGUGCAGCGGGAGGAGCCACACCGGCAGCUGCCGGAGCAGGAGCUGGAGCGGGAACGGGAGCAGCUGCCCCGGUAGCUGGUAAGGAAGCCACUGCUGCUGUCUCGUUGCUGGAAAAGAAGCUGCCCAACGUGGUCGUAUCGCCAUUGACGAUGAAGGAGCUGCGCCAGAAGGGUAUGACCAAGUACGAUGCCGAGAUGAUAAUGGCCAAUGCAGCGUAUCAGCAGCAGCACCACCACCAGCAUCAGCACCACUUCCACCACCACCAUCAUCACCACCAUCACCACCACCACAAUCAUGGCCAGCACGCCAGUACAGGUGCCGAGGCCACGGCCGCUGUGCAGGCCAUGCAAAAGCCCGGUAGCGGUGGCACUUCUGGCACUGGCGCCGGCACAGUUGGAGGCGGGACAAGCGCUGCCGCCGGCGGAGCUGGCUCCGAGGUUAAUGGUCUGCGCAAAUCGAUGCGCGUCAACAGCACCAGCAGCAGUAUCUCCACCGCCUCCACGGACGAGGUAAUCGCCACCGGUCCAAUAACACCAUUGCCCACUAAGGCGCCCGUGGUGCUGAUGCCCCGAUGCAAGCCGGCCCAGAUGGCCAUUGCGGCGGCAGCCAUGCAACAACAGCAGCAACAACAACUGCAACAACAGCAGCAGCAGCGGGAGAAGCGCCAACUGAGACGCAGCGAGCGCCAGAAGGAGAAGCUGACGGACGGUGAGAGCAGCGACAGGGAGAAGGAGAUCCCGGAUCAGCAGCUGCCGGCCAAGGUGUUUAUCCUGGCGAAUGAGAAACCAGAAAAGCAACCACAACAACAACAACAACAGCAGCAGGAGAAGCGUGUGACGCGAAACAGUGCAGGAAGAUCGGGAGGCGUUGGAGGAGGAGGAAUGGUUGCCAGAUUAGCCACUGCCCAUAACAAUAACAUAGGAAUCCAUACAUCUGCAGCAGCAGUAGGAGGAGCAGGAGUAGCAUUAGCUGCAACAGCAACAACAACACCAACAACAGCAACAGCAACAAACAACAACAACAACAACUGCAGCAAAGCAACAACGAUUACAAAUUGUAAUAACCAUAAUAGUAAUAAUAGCAGUAGAAUUAAUCAUAAUUCUAAUCUUAGCGGUAGACUUAGUGUUAAAUCAAAGAAGCCAGCACCAAGUGAGGCCUCGUCCACAUCCUCAUCCACCACCACAUCCACAUCCUCAGAUCACCAGCAGCAGCAGCAGCAGCAGGCAACGCGUCGCAGUCGCAGCCACAGUCCCGCCUACAAGAAGAAUCUACUGGCCAGCUUCGAAUCGGGAGCCAAGGAUCAACAGCCACAGCAGCAGCAGCAGGCGGACGAUGGAGCUAAUCCACCGGUCAAGCAGAAAAGGAGUCGCCGUGCAGCAGCUUUGGCGGCGGCCCAAAGCAUUCACUGCGAUGCUCUGGGAGUAACACCCGGUUCGCUAUCAUCGUUAACCAGCAAUCCGCGCAAGAGAUCCCAGACGGCGAGCACCACCACCACCACCACCACCAGCAGCACCAGCACCGGAGAGGCCUCCUCCAGCAGCAUCAUCAGCAACAGUAAUGUGGAGCCCUUGCUGAAGACUCCGGAGCGUCGAUUGAAGCUAACACUUCGCAUGAAGCGUUCGCCCAUUCUGGACGAGGUUAUCGAGCUGGGCACGAGCCUCAGCAACGAUCGUCAUGCGGGACGCCACAAUGGCAGCCACGGAUCGGGCCGCAGUGCCGGGGGACUGGCUUCGUUGCAUGGAUCUGGAUCGGAUAAGGCGGCGUUAAAUGCCAACAGCAGCAGCUCCAGUAUCGGUAAUGGCAUCGAGUAUGAGAUCCUGCGCAUGGAGGGCAUCUCCGAGCAUGGCAACGACGACGAUGACGAGGAGGAGGACGAAGACGAGGAGGAGGAGGACGAAGAACUGCCAGAGGAGGAGGAGCCGAAGGCGGAAGAGCCGGAAGAAGAACAUCAGCCACAGGAGGAGGAGAAACUGGCCGCCACCAGCUACUCCAAGAAGCAGAGGAAGAAGCAACGCAGCCGGAGCAGGAGCAGCCAAAGGAGAUCGCCAGCUCCCAGCAGCAGUGUAUACGGUACGCCCCAGAAGAAGCGGCUCCGCCUGAUUUUCGGCAACGAAUCCCACACCAUAGACAUUCCACCGACAGCCGAGGGACCGGGACAAGCAGGAGCCAGCAGCGGCGUCGAUGAGCUGAACAGCAGCGGCGGAGCCGGAGGAGUGAGCGCCAGCGACGAGUCCUUUAAUGCCUCGUACGCCAGCAGUACCAGUUUGACGGUGAACACCAGCAGCACCACUUCCUCCUCGUCUUCGUCGUCGUCCGUGGAGCCGGUGGAGUCGUCCAGCGGUGCAGCGGCGACUGCUGCCUCCGGAAGCGCCCAAUCGCCAUCUUCCACCACGAGCAGCUCCUUCCAAUCGGCCUGCACCUCCACCACCAGCAGCAACAUCUACUUCCCGAACGGAAAGCAACGCGGCGGCGACGGGGACUCCUAUGGGAUGAACUACUACCAGCUGGGGAAGUUCGGCAGUCCCGGCCAGGGACAGGCCAUCGUGAGCAGCAGCAGUGGAUCGGGAGCGGGCCCAGGAGCGGCCGCAGGCGGAGGAGGCACCACUGGCGGUGGAUUCCUUAGCAUGCCCAAGCACACCUUUGGGACAUGCGCCCUCCUGGCGCCCACCAGUUUUGCCAGUCUCCAGCAGACUGCCCAGCAGGCGGGACAACAGCAGAUAAAGUCCUCUUCCACAGGCGGAGGAGGAAGUGGAGGAGGAGGAGGAGGCGGCGGCGGAGGAGUGGUGGCCACAUCCACGUCGGCAUCGCAUCAUCAUCAUAACCAUCAUGGCCAGAAAUAACCAACGACUGAUCUCCAAGCAAAUUGACUAAGCUCAGCUGCCAUUGCCAAGAGAGGAGUAAGGAAUCGGAUAACCAAGAAGGAAGCGGCGGAUACGGGGUUGCAAAAUACGAAAGACGAGAGAAGACCAGAAAAGGAGGAAGCGGAGGAGGAGCCAAACAAGAACGAAGAUCUGGAAGAGAGGAAAGUGAAUGAGGGAAGGAGACUAAGGAGAAUUGUUGCGCUGCUGGCGUCGUUGCCUCUGCUGCUGCCGCCGAUCUGCAAUCCUAAUAGUGUCCUCAUAUAGACUUAGCCCUUAGAACAUAGAUCUAGCAUCUAGCCACCAUUAUCCACCCCCCUCUCCCCAAAUCCAAGUAGAUCAUCCUGUAUUUGACCUCAAAAAUCAUCCGAGUUAUAUCCAUACAUAUAGAUAUAUUUUUUUUUUUAUUGAGA